AAGUACACACACCUUCACACAUCGUUUCCACAUCAGGCUGUAGAGUACAUGAAUAAAAUAAAAAAAAUACCAUACCAAAUAAUUGCAUACAUGCCACGAUGACAUGUGCAACAUUUCACUUAAUGUCUUUUAUUUGCAAUGACUGACGGAGACAGUGUCUAAAAACAAGGGCAAAGGCAAAUAAAUGGUGAUUGAAAAAAAAAAAACGAAAAAUAUUUAUUUACAACCAAAGGAUUAUAUUGAGACAGACUCGGCCAUCGAGUAACGAACUAGUGUAAGAUUAACGAAAAAGGCCGUACAGCCAGAAAGACAGCCAUUCACAUCGACAUACACACGCGAUUGUUAAUUAACAAACAAAAGGAGCCACUGAUUGCAUUUUCAUAUUUUUGCAGAUUGGCAAACGGCAACGGAGAGAAUUCUAAAACGAAGUCAAUACUAACAGCCAACCAGUCUACCCACCUCCCCGCUUGCGGGCAACAAACGUCACAACCCUAACAUAGCCAACUCUGGCCCAACAACUUAGCGAACAAACAUCUGUUCGCGACAACCACGGACACCUUUUGCAUUGGACCAUCAAAAGGCAAACCAUCAACAUUGAAUGACCAUAAGCACCCACACCAAACAAACCCACAACCACCACUCAGGCAUUUCCUUCAUCUCGUAUCUCAACUGAUAGUUGAUUGCCGUAGUCCCAUCAUUAUUGCACAAAAAUUAUGGAUACAACGGAUCUGGAUGCCCUGGUAGACAGUUUAUCGGGCGACUCGGCCAUAGAUUUGGCCGACAUUUUUGCCAAUUUUUCAACGGACAUGCUGCAACAGGCCAAUGCCUUGUUGGCAGCCACAGCCACCUCGACAGCGAGCACAGGACAUAUCACCGGAGAUGGGGAUCUGUUGCGUUUGGAGGAUAUUGAGACAGCAGCUGCCUUGGCCAUUGUGAGCGGUGAUACAUUGUCGUCGUCAUCGUCAUCGUCGUAUGUUAAUCGAACACUGGAGAUGCAAUGCCUGCAACAGGCCGAACGGCUAAAAACCGCUCUACCCAACAGCAACGACUCGUUAUCCUGCCCUGUCUCAUUUGAUUCCGUACUGUGUUGGCCACAAACACCAUCUGGAUCUUGGGCCAUACUGCCCUGCUUUGAGGAAUUCAAAGGAGUCCAUUAUGACACCACACAGAAUGCUACCCGCUAUUGCUUUCCCAAUGGCACCUGGGAUAAUUACUCCAACUACGACAAAUGCCAUCAUGCAGUUGAACUACCCGCCAUACCUGACUUUUCGCCGGGCGUUGAGUUGCCCACCUACAUCUACUGCUGUGGUUAUUUCCUUAGUUUAAGCGCCCUGGUUUUAGCUUUAAUUGUAUUUCUAUGCCUGAAAGACUUGAAAUGCCUUCGGAAUACAAUUCAUGCGAAUUUAUUUCUCACUUACAUUCUCUCAGCCUUAUUGUGGAUAUUAACUCUGUUCCUGCAAGUGAUGACAGAUCAUUCCAGCCAAGCUGGCUGCAUAACACUAGUCAUGAUGUUCCAUUAUUUUAAUUUAACGAAUUUCUUUUGGAUGUUUGUGGAAGGUCUUUACCUCUACACCCUGGUGGUGCAAACAUUUUCCAGUGAUAAUUUGGGAUUCCUGCAGUAUGCCCUAAUUGGAUGGGGUUGUCCAGCUAUCAUUGUGUUUGCCUGGUCGAUAGCGAAAAUCUAUGCACCGCCUUUAAAUACCGAACGAUUUAUUGGGUUGGAUGUUGAAUGUCCCUGGAUGAGCGAAUCUCACAUAGACUGGAUAUUACAGGGUCCAACGUCGUUGGUGUUAAUUUUGAAUUUAUCCUUUCUCCUGAGGAUUAUGUGGGUGUUGAUCACAAAACUACGCUCGGCCAAUACCUUGGAGACGCGACAGUACCACAAGGCAUCGAAGGCAUUGCUGGUCCUCAUUCCUCUGUUCGGCAUUACCUAUCUGCUGGUGUUGGUCGGUCCCGAGAAGGGCAUUAGCGCCAAUGUUUUUGAUAAUGCACGGGCGUUUUUAAUUAGCACACAAGGCUUUUUUGUGUCGCUUUUCUUUUGUUUCCUCAAUUCGGAAGUACGCCAAACGCUGAGGCAUCGUUUCAACAGGUGGCGCGACCGUCGCAAUUUGAGCCAUGGCAGUUCACAGAGGAAUCGCAGGAGUCGUUUAUCCAAAGACUAUUCACAGAGGUCCCGAACGGAGAGUUCACGAACUGAAGAGUAUUUCAUUGGCCUGCGUCCCUAGCAACGUGUCCCUGGUGGUGGCGGGCGCUGCUCGCUACAGCCCUCGACCAGUACACGCACAGACUGGGUUUAAUUUUCCACAUGAAAGGCUAUUCAAAUCGAUUCGCAUUGAAAUUAUGUGACCCUCUCUAUGCUGGUCCACAUAAUUAGCAAUGGACAGGAAGACAUCAGCAUAAGUUGUCCCCACACACACACACACAUACACAGAGAGACGCGCAUACCCAUGAAUGUGAUGAAGGGUAAAUGCGAUACUCAGUGGAUGGAUGCCAAUGACACCUGGAUGCUGUAGUGGGAGCAUGAAAUGAAAAAAUGAUCCAAAAUCAGGGGG